AUGGACGGCAAGAAGGGCCGCACCUUUGACAUCCUCCCCCCUCCACUGGAGAAAAUAAAAAAAACGGACAAGACGAAAAGAAGCCAGGAUGAAGCGAAGGAACUUCCCCGUAAUGAGUUGGCACGACAACCACCCCAACGGAGUACCCUGACCCUCAAGACGGUCAUCAAGAAGACCGGUCCCAUGCCACAGGAAGGGGACAACCAAAGGAAGGAGCAAAAGGAGCAUAAGGAUCACAAGGAGCAAACGGAGCAUAAGGAGCAAACGGAACAAACAGAGCAAACGGACCAAACGGACCAGACAAAGAAGGCCACUAAUUACGUCGCCCAAAAGUACAGCAACGUCAUUUUAAACAGCGACGAAAUCAGUGCAGUCCUCAGUAGCAACUCGCAUUUUAAGACGCUCGUCGAAAGUGAAAAAGUGUCUAACUUUAUGGGAGACUAUUUGAAGAAUCCAUUAGUGGCCAUAAAAAAAUACCAGAAGGACGAAACGAUUGCUCGAUUCCUCGACUGCUUAUUCCAGUACAUGAAUCAGAAGAGUCGCAACGUUCAUUUGGCGAACCUUUCCGACAGUUUCACCAUCCCCAGGAGGUGA